AUGGCGUCUGUCAAUUCCGAACCAUCAAGGAAGGACGAUGAUGAGGAACCGGAUGUUAUACACGACGAUGUGAUUGAAGAUGAGGAGCAUGAACAUUUCAGCUCGGAGUUGGAUGCCGCGCAACAAGAAUACCUAGCGCAUCAUCAACAAUUGGAGGAUUUCUUAUCCCCAAUUUCCCUCGAUGAGAGUGUGCUGUACCAAUUGGCCCGGCGGUUUUCCACAACCUAUCGAAACCUGGCCUUAACAUCAGGCGAACAGUUCUUACCGACACCUGUCACUCAAUUACCUACCGGGCGGGAAACGGGUCGCUAUCUCGCGAUCGAUGUCGGAGGAAGCAAUCUCCGGGUUGCAUUUAUCGAGCUGUUGGGAGAUGCCGUGGAUUCGGAUGUUCGUCCGACAGAUGCAACCGAGAGGUCGCACGACACGAUCCGAAAGGCACAGCGACAGCGAGUGAAGCGAACCUUAGAGAAGGCAUGGCCCAUCCAAGAACAUUUGAAAAUGGAUAAAGCGGAAAUUCUAUUUUCUUGGAUUGGUGAUUGCAUUGCAGAGGUGGUCGCUGAAAGUCUAUCCUCGGAUGCCACCAAGAAAGACAUUCCCGCUGAAUUAGACAUGGGAAUUACAUUCAGUUUCCCCAUAAUGCAAGAGUCACUCGCAGAAGCUACAUUGAUGCCCAUGGGCAAGGGCUUUGCCAUCUCAUCGAAUCUCAAUCUUGGAGAAAUCCUUUUGAAUGGCUACGAAAAACACACAAGGCGACCGGACGAUGAUGAUGAGCCAUCUUCAAAACGUCGGAAGCUUUUCGCUCUCCCUAAGUUGAAGAUCCAGGCCAUCACCAAUGACACGGUCGCCACUUUGGCCUCACUUGCAUACAAGGUCAAAUCCCUGCCAAACAGCCGAGUUGCUAUGGGUAUUAUUGUGGGAACUGGCUGUAAUGCAACCAUACCGAUGAGAUUGGACUCAUUGCAUGAGUCAAAAGCCAGGGGUGUCAACGCAAUGGAGCCCACUGCUGUCGAGACAGUUGUCAACACAGAAUGGACCAUUUCGGGCGCUGCGCCACCACUAAAGGAGCUCAAGGUGACUACAAAAUGGGAUGAACAGUUGGAUAAAGCUUGUGCGCGCCCUGGUUUCCAGCCAUUUGAAUACAUGACUGGCGGUCGCUACAUUGGUGAACUAGUUCGCUUGAUUUUGUUCGACUAUCUGACGACAGUGACUGGAAUAUCAAGGCGCGCCUUGCCUGCAAACCUCAUUCAAGAAUAUGCCCUGACAACCACUUACAUUUCGGACAAUGUUGCAAAGGCCCGAUCCGACCCUGAGCUCGCCAAGGUCCUCAAUGCAACACUCCCUCCCCCGGAGAGCAGCGACUGGCGCUGGAAUGCCCGAUCAGCCGGAGCGUUCCGCAAAAUCGCACGUACAGUGCAGAGGCGAUCAGCCGGACUGAUUGCCGCUGCAGUCGUCGGCCUAUUAGCAUGUGCUCGUGAGAUCGAACUGAAGGAAGACAGCAACACAAAUACACCCGAUGUCGUUGCGUCACCCAAAAAUGAAGACGGUCCUAGCUACGAGUCAAUGGGUGCACUGAAUGCCGCGGCUGCGAGUCUGCAGUCUGCUGGCAAGCAUGCCGCCCAUGAGUAUGUCGUCCCAGUCAUUGAACCCAUCAAGGUCGACUGGCAUUCUGGACCCGAGGAGCUGGUCGUGGCAUACACUGGUGGCAUUAUCCAGCACUACCCUCAAUUCAAGGAGAUGUGCCAGCAGUACAUUGAUCGCCUGAUCAUGCGGACAGGCCCACAGCGUGGUGCCAAGUCUGUUUUUCUACGGGAAGCGUCGGAUGGCGGUGUCAUUGGGGCUGGUGUUUUGGCUGGCAUGGUCGUUCGCAAAUGA